AUGAUUUAUGCGAAUCUACAAGUCCUCUGUUCCCGACGAUGCGAUCCUCUUCGUCGCCGUCGCUCGGAAAAUAUUCGGCGUCGUUUCUCCGGGAAACAUUUGUCUGUACAUGAUUUUUCAAGUGAUCGGUUGACUUUGUCAAUCAGAUUACUCUUCGUCAUGGCGAAUUGGAGACAGAAACUGUGGCGAAACUUGAUCUCAUUUCAAGGAGCUGCUUACUCAACAACUCCUUCAAGAAUCAACAAAGCAAAGCUUAACGACCUUAGAAGAAUCCGUCCAAUGAUUCAAAGAAGAAUCGAAAACAGAGCAAAAGAGUAUCCGAUUAGAGACAUUGUUCCUGUUGCUGAAGAAAUCCUCAAAGCCAGGAAAAAUCUACUCUCUAACGUCACAGUGCUUCUCAAACUGUUCCCUGUCUUGACUUGCAAAUUCUGCUCUGAAGUAUUCGUUGGCAAAGAAGGACAUUUGAUUCAAACGUGCCGUAGCUACAUACGGCGUGGCAACAACAGGCUACACGAAUGGGUUCCAGGCUCUAUAAACGACGUUCUUGUGCCUGUCGAGUCUUUCCACUUACGCAGCAUGUCACAAGGUGUGAUCAGACACCAGCAGAGGUUCGAUUACGACCGUGUUCCCGCGAUCUUGGAGCUAUGUUGCCAAGCAGGAGCUAUCCAUCCAGAAGAGAUCUUGCAAUACUCGAAAAGCCACGAUUACCCGCAAAUCUCUGAUGAAGAGAUCAGGAGCAUACCAACGGAAGAUCUCAAGUACGUUGGAGCAAACGCUUUGAUGGCUUGGGAGAAGCUGAGAGCUGGUUUGAAGAAGCUUUUGCUUGUUUAUCCUUCGAAAGUUUGUAAACAUUGCAAAGAGGUUCACGUGGGACUGAGUGGUCAUAAAGCUCGGCUAUGUGGUGUGUUCAAGUAUGAGAGCUUUCGUGGCACACAUUACUGGGAAAAGGCUGGUGUGAACGAUUUGGUACCGGAGAAAGUUGUGUGGCACCGGAGGCCUCAGGACCCGGUGGUUCUUGUGGACGAAGGGCGUAGUUAUUAUGGACAUGCCCCUGCUGUUGUGAGCCUUUGUAGCCACGCCGGUGCGGUUGUUCCUACUCAUUACGCUUGUGAGAUGAAGCCUCAAGGUUUAUCGUUUCCUUUUACGAAUUCUGUUUGCAAUCUCGAAGCGUAG